GGUUUUCCCUCGAAAAGUCCUCAUUAUAUGUUUUGAUCAAUGUAAUUGAUAUUAUCAGAACUGCUGGGGGCGAUCGGUCGACUCUUCGCAGUGUUGUUGAGAGUCGAGACUAUUCCAGCGUCAUUUUGGACUCUAUUGAUCCAAAUAUGAUCCACAAUAACGACAGCCCAGGCACAUUUGUCUCCACUUCUUGACCAUAUUAUUAUUAAGCUAUCGGCGAAAUUAUGUGUUGCAGGCAGUCGGAAGUUGGCAUUGACUGGUUAUAUGCGGAGAGGGGUGGGGAGAUAAAAGGGAAGCCUUUUUAACGAGACCCGUACUUCUUCUCUUUCUCGCAUCAUAUCGUUUCUACUGCUUUUCGACUACCACGAUAUAGCCAUGGCCCCUGUUUCGAUUCAGACCACGUACAAGCUAAACUCGGGAUACGAGAUCCCAGUUGUUGGCUUUGGAGUUUAUCAAACGCCUACUGAUGUUGCCGAGAAGGUGACUUUGAAAGCCUUUGAAGUCGGAUAUCGUCAUGUCGAUUGCGCCAAGGUCUACGACAAUGAAACCGAAUGUGGUGAAGCUAUCCGUAAAUCAGGACUGGACCGGUCUCAGAUCUUUUAUACGACCAAGGUUCCUCGGCAAUCCCAGGGUUAUGAGACAGCCAAGGCGGCCAUUGAACAAAGCAUUGCGGCGGCGAAUGUUGGUUAUAUCGACCUGAUUCUGAUUCAUGCACCUCACGGUGGCAAGGAGGCUCGACUGGGCACCUGGCGCGCUCUUGUCGAGGCCCAAAAGGCCGGCAAAGUCCGUUCAAUCGGAGUUUCCAACUACGGCAUCCAACAUCUAGAGGAGCUGGAAGAGUACAUCAAAAGCGGCGGUGGCGGUGAGAUCUCUGUCGGCCAGUAUGAGAUCCACCCCUGGUGUGCCAGAGAGGAUAUUGCCGAGUGGCUCAAGCAGCGAAACGUCGUUGUCGAAGCAUACUCGCCUCUGGUCCAGGCGGAGCGUAUGAAGGAGCCUGUCCUUCAAACUCUGGCGCAGCGUUACAAAAAGACCCCAGCCCAGAUUUUGAUCAGAUGGAGUUUGCAAAAGGGAUACGUGCCUCUCCCCAAAUCUGUGACGGAAUCCCGCAUAGUUGAGAACUCGCAAGUCUUCGACUUUGAAAUUUCAGAGGAGGAUAUGGCCAGUCUGAAUACCGGCGUGUACGCACCCGUCUGUUGGGAUCCGGUCAGGGAGGUGAAGAUUUAGAUGGGCGUUUCGUAAUUCCAACCUCGAUGCUACAAAAAGCUCAGUACUUUCAAGGCAGUUUCACGCACUUAUAAGAUAUAACAUUCUCUUAUCAAUAAAGAAAAUUAAUUUACC